CAGUCAGUUGGUGACAGGGACGGAAGUUUGUUUGUUUUUCUCACACUUCGGCGUUGUGAUCAAAAAAUUAUCAAUGUUUUUUUUAUAAAUUUCUUUAGCUAAUUUUAAGUACUUUGGGACAAUAAAUUUAAAUAAACCCAACAAUAAGAUCACGAAAAUGGUCCUUUAAAGAGGCUGUCAGGGCCUGAAAAACACAAAACAGCAAGGAAAAUAAACCUAACGGGAUUUAUGCACCCAACUCACUCUCACGCGGAGUAGGAAGAAGGAGAGUUGAGAAAGAAGCAGGUGGAAGCGAAUUAGGAGGAGGAGCUAGUGGAACCAUGUCGAGCGAGGAGAUGCUAUACGCGCAGGGCGCCAAGAUCUGGGUGCCCCAUGCGGAGCUGGUGUGGGAGAGCGCCACCUUGGAGGAGAGUUACCGCAAGGGCGCCGGCUUCUUGAAGAUAUGCACGGAGUCCGGCAGACUGAAGGAGGUCAAGCUAAAGGCCGAUGGCAGCGAUCUGCCUCCACUGCGCAAUCCGGCCAUUCUGGUGGGACAGAACGACUUGACCACCUUGUCCUACCUGCAUGAGCCGGGGGUGUUGCACAAUCUGCGUGUCCGCUUCUGCGAGCGCCAGAUUAUCUACACCUACUGCGGCAUUAUUCUGGUGGCUAUCAACCCAUACGCGGAGAUGCCUCUUUACGGGCCCAGCAUCAUCCGUGCGUAUCGAGGACAUGCUAUGGGCGAUCUGGAGCCGCACAUCUUUGCCCUGGCGGAGGAGGCUUACACGAAACUGGAGCGCGAGAACUGCAACCUGAGCAUCAUCGUCAGUGGGGAGUCCGGUGCCGGCAAGACGGUGUCCGCCAAGUACGCCAUGAGGUACUUUGCCGCUGUCGGAGGUUCCGAGUCGGAGACCCAGGUCGAGCGCAAAGUGCUAGCAUCGUCGCCGAUUAUGGAAGCUUUUGGCAAUGCCAAGACGACUCGGAAUGACAACAGCUCCCGCUUUGGAAAGUUCACCAAGCUGCUGUUUCGGAACCAGAUGGGUGUAAUGUUCCUGCAGGGAGCCACUAUGCAUACCUAUCUACUGGAGAAGUCCCGGGUAGUGUACCAGGCGCAGGGAGAGCGCAACUAUCACAUAUUCUAUCAGUUGUGCGCGGCGCGAUCGAAGUACCCGGAAUUGGUGCUGGAUCACCAGGACAAGUUCCAGUUUCUAAACAUGGGCGGGGCUCCUGAAAUUGAACGAGUUUCGGAUGCGGAGCAGUUUAACGAAACCGUGCAGGCCAUGACCGUUCUUGGCUUCUCCAUUCAGCAGAUCGCUGAUAUCGUGAAAAUUCUGGCAGGAAUACUCCAUUUAGGAAAUAUUCAGGUUUCCAAGAAGUUCAACGAGGGUAGUGAAGAGGAAGACACUGACUCCUGCGAUAUAUUUCAUAACGACAUCCACUUGCAGAUCACCGGCGAUCUACUGCGGGUGAGCGCCGAGGAUCUGCGCCGGUGGCUUUUGAUGCGUAAGAUAGAGUCGGUCAAUGAAUAUGUGCUGAUACCGAAUAGCAUUGAGGCGGCUCAGGCGGCUCGGGACGCUCUGGCCAAGCACAUUUAUGCGAAACUGUUUCAGUAUAUAGUUGGUGUGCUGAACAAGAGCCUCAACAACGGUAGCAAGCAGUGCAGCUUCAUUGGCGUCCUCGAUAUCUACGGUUUCGAAACGUUUGAGGUGAACUCCUUUGAACAAUUUUGCAUAAACUAUGCAAACGAAAAGCUUCAGCAGCAGUUCAACCAGCAUGUCUUCAAGCUGGAGCAGGAGGAGUACCUUAAGGAAGGAAUCACUUGGACGAUGAUUGACUUUUACGACAAUCAACCGUGUAUUGAUCUAAUUGAAUCUCGACUGGGAGUGCUGGACCUGCUCGACGAGGAGUGUCGAAUGCCGAAGGGUUCGGACGAGAGCUGGGCUGGCAAGCUCAUCGGAAAGUGCAGUAAAUUUCCUCAUUUUGAGAAGCCACGCUUUGGCUCAACCAGCUUUUUUAUCAAACAUUUCUCGGACACGGUCGAGUAUGACGUGAACGGAUUCUUGGAAAAGAAUCGUGACACAGUCUCCAAGGAGUUGACUCAAGUGCUAAGCGAGUCCAACAUGUCUUUGGUCAAGCAGGUGAUGACCCUUGAGGAAAUUGACACUUUGAGCGUGGAUUCCGCUAAAUCUUCUACCUUAGGAGGUCGCGUCGUCAUCAGUGCUGGCCGCAAACAGCAAGGGAAUGACACACGUCGAAGAGUGGUGCCAUCCAAGCAGCAUAGGAAAACGGUGGGAUCGCAGUUCCAGGAGAGUCUGGCCUCGCUGAUAUCUACGUUACAUGCUACAACACCACACUAUGUGCGCUGCAUCAAGCCCAACGAUGACAAAGUCGCUUUUAAAUGGGAGACGGCCAAGAUCAUUCAGCAGUUAAGAGCUUGUGGUGUCCUAGAAACGGUGCGCAUCUCCGCAGCGGGAUUUCCAUCGAGAUGGCUUUAUCCCGACUUCUAUAUGCGGUACCAGCUGUUGGUUUACCGCUCAAAGCUUGACAAGAACGACAUGAAGUUGUCGUGCCGCAACAUUGUAAUAAAAUGGAUCCAAGACGAGGAUAAGUAUCGAUUUGGCAACACGCAGAUUUUUUUCCGCGCCGGGCAAGUGGCCUUCCUUGAACAAGUUAGGGCUAAUCUGCGCAAGAAGUACAUCACCAUUGUGCAGUCGGUUGUGCGGCGAUUCAUUUACCGGCGCCAGUUCCUGCGCAUUCAGAUAGUGAUUAAUGGUAUCCAGAGGCAUGCGCGCGGCUUUCUUGCCCGCCAGCGUGUCCAGAAAAUGCGUGAGGCUCGGGCGGGAUUGAUCCUGUCGAAGUACGCCCGCGGUUGGUUAUGCCGUCGUCGUUAUUUGCGCCUACGCCACUCGAUUUUCGGUAUACAGACCUAUGCCCGCGGAAUGUUGGCCCGCAGCAAGUUCCACGCCAUGCGGGAUCACUACCGGGCUGUUCAGAUCCAGCGGUUUGUACGUGGUGCUUUGACACGUCGAGCUUACCAAAAGCGUCGGCGCAACAUCAUCAUUUGUCAAGCGGCGAUUCGGAGAUUCUUGGCCCGUCGUAAGUUUAAACGUAUGAAGGCCGAGGCCAAGACUAUCUCGCACAUGGAAAAUAAAUACAUGGGGCUGGAAAACAAGAUUAUAUCUAUGCAGCAGCGGAUCGAUGAGCUGAACCGCGACAACAGCAAUCUUAAGCACAAGACCAGCGAAAUCAGUGUAUUGAAAAUGAAACUUGAGUUGAAGAAGACCCUGGAGGCAGAAUUCAAAAAUGUCAAGGCCGCCUGCCAGGACAAGGAUAAGCUAAUCGAAGCACUAAACAAGCAGUUGGAGGCGGAGCGGGACGAAAAAAUGCAGUUGCUAGAGGAGAACGGACAUGCUCAAGAGGAAUGGCUGAGCCAGAAGCAGACAUGGCGCCAGGAGAACGAGGAGCUGCGCCGCCAGAUAGACGAGAUAAUCGAUAUGGCAAAGAACGCAGAAGUAAGCCAACGUAACCAGGAGGACCGAAUGCUAGCCGAGAUCGAUAACAGGGAGCUUAACGAGGCCUACCAACGAGCGAUUAAGGACAAGGAGGUGAUCGAGAACGAAAACUACAUGCUAAAGGAAGAGCUCAGCCGAUUAACGGCUGGGAGUUUUAGUUUGCACGGUCGCAAGGCUAGCAACGCCUCCAGCCAAAACGAGGACGAUGUGGGUUACGCCUCCGGAAAGAACACUCUGGAUAUCAAUCGGCCGCCGGACUUGCUAAGCAAAAAUUAUUCGUACAAUGACUCUACCAGUUUGGUGGUGAAGUUGCGAGCCAUUCUCGAGGAGGAGAAGCAAAAGCACAAGAACUUGCAGGAGCAGUAUAUUAAGUUGGCCAGUCGGCAUAAGCCCACCGAGGAUUCCUUCCGCGUCUCCGAGCUUGAAGUAGAGAAUGAAAAACUGCGCAGCGAGUACGAUCAGCUGCGAACGAGCAUUAAACACGGUGUUGAGAUCAACGAGCUCAAUGCCCAGCAUGCUGCCUUGCAGGAAGAGGUCCGUAGGCGCCGCGAGGAAUGCAUCCAGUUAAAGGCAGUCCUGCUGCAGCAGAGCCAGUCCAUGAGAUCCCUCGAGCCGGAAAGUCUACAGAUGCGUGGCAACGACGUCAACGAACUAAUGGAAGCCUUCCAUUCCCAGAAGCUAAUUAAUCGCCAAUUGGAAUCUGAGCUCAAGGCCAUCACUGAGGAGCACAACAGUAAACUCGUGGAGAUGACACAGGAUAUUGAGAGAUUAAACAAUGAGAAGGAUGAGCUGCAAAGGGUGAUCUUUGAGAGCAUCGACGAGUUCGAGGAUGCAAAUGUGGAUACGCUGAGACAGAACGAUCGCUAUCUGCGGCGGGAACUGCAGAAGGCUGUUGCCCAGUUCCUGCUCGUUCAGGAGGAGCUCAAGCUUGCAAAUGCCAAGCUUAAAGCUUAUCGGCAGGAUAGUGGCCAGCUGGAGCACAAGCUAGAGGAGGAGAUGAUCCGCAACAAGUCCAACGGAACGUCCACCGAUGUAGGCGCGAAUGUGACGAAACAAAAGUCUCAGAAUCCGCAAGGACUGAUGAAGUUCCACAGCAGCGAUCUAGACAAGAUCUUGAACCGCUUGCUGAGCGCCUUGACCCCACGGACAGUGGUCGGUCUCUUACCUGGUUUCCCAGCUUAUCUUAUCUUUAUGUGUAUUCGAUAUACCGAUCUGACAAAUGCCGACGAUGAUGUGCGCGAGUUGCUAAGCAAGUUCGUUAUUCAGAUUAAGAAAAUGCACCGAACACCCCAUCCGAUCGAGAAUCGUGUUAUUUGGCUCGUCAAUUCCAUUACGCUGCUAAAUCUUAUGAAGCAAUACGGCGAUGUGGAGGAGUACGUCAAGUUCAAUACUGAGAAGCAGAACCAGCAGCAGCUGAAGAACUUUAAUCUGUUUGAGUACCGUCGCGUAAUUCUUGAUUUAAUAGUAAAUCUAUACCAGGCGCUGAUCAUGCAGAUUCAAGGUCUGUUGGACCCAAAAAUAGUGCCAGCGAUUCUCAACAACGAUGAGAUUCAGCGCGGGCGGCAGGCGCACGGAAUGCGUAGUCGGGCCACGUCGAUUGGAGCGUCCUCGUCGCCGGAGCACGGUGGUGGUCCGGCCUGGAAGCAACUGAUCGGGCAGCUAGAGCACUUUUACAAACAGUUCCAGCACUUUGGCUUGGACAACUGCUAUGCGGAGCAGAUAUUCCAUCAACUGCUUUACUUUGUUUGCGCUGUGGCUCUUAAUUGUCUGAUGCUGAGGGGCGAUAUUUGCAUGUGGGAGACUGGCAUGAUAAUCCGCUAUAAUAUCGGCUGCAUUGAGGAUUGGGUGCGCAGUAAAAAGAUGUCUAACGAUGUGCUGACACCAUUGGCGCCUCUUAAUCAGGUCUCCCAGUUGCUGCAAUCCCGGAAGAGCGAGCAGGAUGUUCAGACCAUUUGUGAUCUAUGUACUUCUCUGAGCACUGCACAGGUCCUCAAAGUGAUGAAGUCCUACAAACUGGAUGAUUAUGAGAGCGAAAUAACGAACGUUUUUCUGGAGAAACUAACCAAGGAACUUAACGCCCGGCAAAUGCAAAAGAGCAAUAGUGAUGAAUUCACCAUCGACCAGAAGUUCAUUCAGCCAUUCAAGGUUGUCUUCAGGUACAGCGACAUAAAGCUUGAGGAUAUUGAUCUACCUUCCCAUCUAAACCUGGAUGAAUUCCUUACAAAGAUUUAAACGUCGCGUGAUUGCAUAUUGCAGGUCGAGAACUUUGCCAUUUUGGAUGACAUGACACCGCUUAGAGUUUGUGUAUUAUACAAGUAUAACGAUUCUAGAAAUUUAAAUUGUUCUUAUAUUUAGAGAAUCUAUUAGAUAAUGAAACGAUGAGUAGAGCAGUUUUGCCGAAAUGUGUGUAGUUCCUGUUUAGCUUAAAUAACCGUUGUUUUUCCUUUCCAAUAGUAUCCAUUCCGAGUUUCGAUUGGCGAAGGUGCCAUUUGUUUUUUGUUGUACGAACUAUUUGUAGCAAAAAGUAAUGGAAGGUUGAGAACCAACCUUUAUGUGAAACGCAAUAAAUGUUUGGAGUUAGACUCCGACCAUAAAGAAAUCAUUCCUUGCCUACACCUUGUACCUUAAAUCAUAAAUAAAUGUAUAUACAUACAAUGAUUGUA